UAGAGCUUCACUGAGCUCGGGUCAUGCUGCAAUCUUAACGGAGCUGACUGAUGAGUGCGGAGCUGUGGUGUCGGCUGCUUCGUUCUUGAGCCCAGCCUCCGUCGGCCGUGUGUUGAGUCGUUUUACCGGAGUAUUUUGUGCGGGGUUGAAGCCGUUCGUCCAGGAUGUCUGUGGCCGGGCUGAAGAAGCAGUUCCACAAAGCCAGUCAGCUCCUCAGUGAAAAGAUCAGCGGGGCGGAGGGGACGAAGCUGGAGGAAGACUUCUUAGAGAUGGAGCGGAAAAUCGAGGUGACCAACAAGUCGGUGCUUGACCUCCUGUCCAAAACAACAGAAUACCUCCAGCCUAACCCAGCGUCUCGAGCCAAACUGAACAUGCUGAACACGAUGUCCAAGAUCCGAGGGCAGGUGAAGACCACCGGCUACCCCCAGACCGAAGGCCUGCUGGGCGACUGCAUGCUGCGCUACGGCCAGGAACUGGGAGAGGACUCGUUGUUUGGAUGCGCUCUGGUAGAUGUGGGUGAGGCCAUGAGGCAGAUGGCAGACGUGAAAGACUCGCUGGACAUCAACGUCAAACAAAACUUUAUUGACCCCCUGCAGAAUCUACAGGACAAGGACCUCAAAGAGAUCACGCAUCACCUGAAGAAGCUGGAGGGCCGCAGGUUAGACUUUGACUACAAGAAGAAGCGUCAGGGGAAGAUCCCAGACGAGGAGAUCCGGCAGGCGGUGGAGAAGUUCGAUGAAAGCAAAGAGCUGGCCGAGAGGAGCAUGUUCAACUUCCUGGAGAAUGACGUGGAGCAGGUAAACCAGCUGUCGGCACUGAUCAAGGCGGCGUUGGAGUACCACCAGCAGUCGUGUGAGAUCCUGGAGGAGCUCAGUGGGAAACUGCAGAAGAGGAUAUCCUCGGCCAGCAGCCGGCCCAAGAGAGACUUCAAACCAAAGUCGAUCAGGAGCAGCAUCGAGGUGCUCGACAACAACCAGCACAACGGCCUGUCCUACAGCUCCUCGCUCAAGUCCACGGAUACGCAGAUCAGCAACGCAGUCAACGGGAAAACUGAUCACAUACCAUCUGUGCCGCUGUCAUGGCCCGACACCCCCGCUACCAACGGCAAUGCUCACCAGCCGGAGGUUUUGGAUCAGCCCUGCUGUCGCUCCCUCUACGACUUUGAGCCGGAGAACGAGGGCGAGCUGGGCUUCAAAGAAGGCGACAUCAUCAUCCUCACCAACCAGAUCGACGAGAACUGGUACGAGGGCAUGAUCAACGGCGAGUCCGGCUUCUUCCCCAUCAACUACGUGGAGGUCAUCGUCCCCCUGCCUCAGUGAAGAGCGCCGCCGCCGGGCCUCCGCAGACUCUCCUCGGCCUCGGCCCGACUCGGGCGUGAGCGUGCGGCGGAUCGGCAGAUUCUGUUUCGAACCACAGACGCGGAUGUUUCGUCCCGGCCGACUUCAGAUCAAACGUCUCCUUUACUUUUGUCGUCUGUUGAUAUUUAAGAACCUGAACGGAAACCCGAGCCUUUAACGGGACACUCGGCCUCAACCUGUCGCUCCGCCUGCCGUCCAGCACCGCCGCCUCUGCCGGGUAUCCCGACGCCUCCGUCUGACCACUACAAACAUUUCCUCACUUUAUGGUCACGUUAUUUCUGCUAAAAGUCACCUUUCAAUGUUUCCUGGUUGUGUCAAAAAUGAUGUGUUGCAAAUCAGAAUCAGACAGGAAGUGAGCAGCUCCACAUUCCCACAAUCCAUGGAUGGAGGUGCUUUUAUUUUGAAAUGGAGCUCGGCAAGGUUCUGGUUUUUAAUGUGAGAGAAGUGAGCAGAUGGACUCUCGUCUGUGUGAUGAUCCAAAUCCAGCCUUUGUUUGAAGCCUCGCGAGGCCCAAAUCUCAUUCCACUUCAUUCUGACUUUGUUUCUUUAUUUUUGUAGUUUCGGCGUCGUUUCUGUCCUUAGUUACAACUUUAUGCUGAGACUGGGACGUGGACAGCAGGGGACGUUUUAAUCAUUAAAGAAACACGAGCAGUCGGGCGAUCAGUCGUGUUUGCCAACGUUUUGGAGCCACGGCACAUGUUUCACAUUAGAAAAAUCACACGGCACAAAAACCACAGCGAUCAUUUUUCCCCGCGCACCGCUCCGUUUGUCCCCACUAUACCUCGCCUGGUGUGAAUCCUCCUGCCGCCUGCUCGUCUCACUCUGCGUUCUGUGAUCGGGUUUGGUGGCGGUCACGUGCCACGCUCUCAGAUCUCAGCGGUUAGCACAGGUGUCACCCUAACGGGCAGAAAUGGUGACCCAAGCUACAAAAAUACCAAACUUAACCUUCUUUAAGUCAGAAUAUUUCAAAUGUGAAGCUGAAUGUUUGACCUGUGUUGGUUUUCUCCACUGGAUUUUAUUUUUCCCUCUCGGCUCCACGGCCUGUCUGUGUUUAAGCUCGUCUUCACGUUUGCCCGCCGGACGCGUGCACGGCGUCGCUCUGAAUGUGUCUCUCUGUGUUUACAUGCUCUGACUCUGACGGUUCGUUCUCAGGAUCGUGGACGCCGCCUUGUCCGACAGUCUGAAGGUGAUGUUUGAGCUGUCGUCUGCACUGAAGCUUUUUAGCGUCUGCCUUCCACGCCGCACCUUCCUCCUCCUCUUCAGCACUUUGAGUUUUUCUCACAGUCAGAUAACCACAGAUCUUUGUUCUGUACUGUGACGUAGACUGCAGCAUGUGGCUGUUUCUCAUCUUCCACCUGAAGUAGACAGUCUGUGAAACUGGUCGAGCUCCUGGUUUUAGUGGGAUGAGUCUGAGGCUUUUAACCAGCCGCCGUCUGUUUAGAGUCACCACAUAAGAAGGAAAUCAACAAACGCCGUCCUCUCUUUGGCUUUUACUUGAGUUUCACACUUAUUUUAUCAUAUUUGUGUAAGAAAGCUCCUGUUUUUAUUUCCCAUCGCUGUAAAUCAGCCCCAGCUCCGUGUGCACUGGUUUAAAGGACGUGUGAUGAUGAUGAUGAUGAUGAUGACGUUGUCUGUGAGACUCUGUUAAGCUUGUGAUGGACUGGCAGCCUGUCAGACACCCAGAGUUGGACACGUGAUUUAGCCCAAGAACAGGAACGUUUACCUGAUACAAAAACUUCCCAUCAUUAAAGUCCAACGACACGUGACUGACGUACUGAGAGAGAAACAAAAAUGCCUUUUUUUAAACGACCACUCGGUGACAUUUAGGGUUAGAAGUGUUCGUCAGCAGCGUGUGAGCUGUGCAGAAGUCACGUGACUCUGUUGAGUGCCACCUUAUUUAUGGGCUUAUUUGUUGAGACGAGUCAGUUCAUCAGAACAUGAACUGAAGCUUACCUCUGAGUAGGCUGGAGUUAAAUUUAAAGUCGGGUUUACCUUCAGGUUGGACGAUUACGCUGAUUUUAUACGUAUCAGACGCUCAGAUCAGAGGUUUAAUAAACAGUCACAGCAGAGCAGGUUUAUUUCCACAUCGAGUGAUCUGGCUGUCGUCUGAUGAUCGCUUCAGUCUGUUUCUCCCUGAGGUAAAGUCAGCAGGCGACAAACUGUAUGAGCUGUGAUUUUAGGCUUUUAAUUUGAAAGUUAAACAGGAACUGAACAGCGUCCCAGCCCAGUAAAACCGUGCUUAUUCUUUAUUCCAGCAGAGAGGAGGGUUUGACCCCACCUCAGAGUUCUUCCACCUGUUUUUGAUUUUAUUGUAGUUUUUUAUUGUAGUCCAAUCGCAGACUGAACGCACACGCUCGGCUGCUUCUUUAAUCUGAACCUGAAGGAUUUGGCUCAGCCGUGUGGACCAGCUCGACCAGCUGUGUUGGAUUCUUACUGUUAGCUUUCUUAGAUGUACGAUGAUUUUUUUUAUUUACAGUUAAUUAUGAGUUUGGGGGAGGGGGGAGCUGUUACCUACAGAGAGGACGUCCUCCACAAACAACAGAGGAGUUGUGAAAUGAGCGGACCCCCACCGUGUUCGACUGAGCUUUAUUUUUGACCGCAAGCACUCUUUCCAGCUUCGGAGCCGUCGCCCGGAGCUCUGUCCACGGCUUCCUCCACUACACACUUCUCCCCACGCCUCCAUCAUUAGCUCCAUCAUAAUCACCUGUCCCCUCUGACGUCCCGGCACCGCCCCUCCACUGCAGCAGGCCAGAGACCACACCCCUGCCACAGAGACCACACCCCUGCCACGGGAGGUUUUUUCUGUUUUGAUAAAUGCAUUUAUCAUAAAAACACCGAGAUGUUUGGUUUCGUUUACAGACUGAACGCACGAUGGGCCUUCCUCACACUCCCACAGUGAGAAUAACUGACUCUUUGAUACACUAAAAUAAACCGCUCUCUCCACCCGCGCCUCCGUUUGCCUUUGCAGUCUCAGUGUUCAGUCUGCAAACCUCUUCCCUGCACAGGAAACCGUCACAGUUUUGUGUUUUAGUUUUUCAGUAGCAUAAUUUAUGCAAAAGUGUUUUAUAGAUGUUGUAAAUGAAUAUAUUCCAAAAAUAUAUUGCGUAAAUAAAUGACGAGUAAAUAUCGA